AUGGCCGCCCUCGCCGUCCGAGCUGCGAGUGAUUCCUGUCCGGAGAAUACCCAGUGCAGCGGCAGCAGUACCAGCAGUAGCAGCAGUAGCAGCAGUAGUCGCAGUGAUACCACAACCAGCAAGACAUCCUCAACCUCGAAGAGCACUGCUCUCGAAGUCAAGACCAAGACCACCUCAACAUCGACAUCCAGCUCGACCAUAUCGACCAUCACAAUCCCAGCGGCCACGCACCCCGCGACUACCACUGCCAAUACAACAACCCCAACCCCAGACCAAACCACCAUCCACCCAACAACCACACCCACAACAACAACAAAAACAACAACAACCACACACCACCAACCCAACAGAAUCAACCAAGCCCUCAUCGCCGGCGUCGUGGGCGGCAUCCUCGCCCUCCUCAUCCUCGCCGCCCUGGUGCUGUACUCGAUCUACCGGGCCCGAAAACGCCGGCGGGGCCAGUUCCGGCUCCUGCACUGGCGCCACCCUGGGACUUUGGGGUCUGGGUCGCCGUCGAAGGAGGACCAGUUGUUCGGUGAGGAGGAGAGUGGGACGAAGAUGGUCGAGACGAAAGGUAAGACUCGCACCUACAGGCGCAAGCGCAGCCGCCUCGGAUUACGAUAA